CUCUUCCAUCAUCAAUGACCCAAACACCCAGUAUGCAUCUCCUGGAGAACAAUAACCUAAUAGAGGCUAUGGCUCAACAGCAACAAUCCCCCCAGCAGCAGCAGCAUCAUCAGCAAUCCCAAAAGCAGAAACAAAAUAGUCCAACAAAUAAUAACACAAUUGAAGCCUGGAGAUCAGUUCAGUGGUGGAGUCCCCCAAACAGUGUCCAUCAGGAGCAAGUGGUACAACCGCAAAGUCUACCUGGUUCCUUGAGUCAAAGUAGGCAACAGACCUCGGAAAUUGAUCAGCCCUUGGACUUUUCCGUUGGAUCAUUGCAACAACAAAGACUGCAGUCGAGAAAUCGAACGGUUCAUGAGAGACUGCAAGGAAGAAUGCAGGACAAUAACAAUGGAACCGGAAGCGGACCAAAAAUCGCAAAGGGUAGCAGCAGAAGGAGUUUUAGUCCUAGCGAUGCUAGCUCAAGUGGAAGCGAGGACGAAGGGGUUUCCACUGGAGGAAGUCCCGCGGGUCCACUACGGGGCGUCGAAAAUGAUACAUGUGAUCAGAUAGUGGAACGACCUUACGGUAAAGUGUGGAUAGGUGAUAAUGAGGUCGCGUGGCGGACCGAACAAUCACUAAAAAGAACAUCGCCCUUGAAUCCCUGUGCCACAACAACAAUAACGACAGCAACGACGACAGGUGGCGGAGCUCAGACGCACCCCCACCUGUCACCUCCCACUGUUGCCCCUGUAUCAACCCCUGAUCUCAGAAGUCCUUCAACCCUUCAAGCAAAACACGGCAUUUCACCUGCGAGCGAUGCGCUUGGUCGAAUCGAUAAGGAACCAGCAUCUCCAGAAUCAAUACAAGAUGCUGAUUUGCACGGAGAAGUCGAAGGUCCUGAACUUAGUGGCGAUGACCGAAGUAUCGCCAGUGACGUUCAGGACGCAAAUGAACCACAUUUGGACCACGAUUCCAUUGACUCCGACAGGGAGGCCCUUAAUUUGGUCACGGAUGUGUCGCACAGAAAUAGCAGCAGUGGUACCAGUGGUAGUGCAUCAUCGCCAAGUUCGGGAGUUAGUAGUCAGCUGACCGGAAGUCAUGCGGGAAAUACUGUUGGUUCACAGGCAGCGUUAGCGGCUCAACUUGUGGGCCAACAGCUUCUUAUGCAUGGUUCACUUGGUGCAUUGAGUCCACAGGAAAUACAAGCUUUAGCUUCAACCCUUCAGCAGCAAUCACUUCAGCAGCAACUUCAGCAAUUCGCCAUGUUCCAGCAAGCGAAUCCGGCGGCAGCGGCGGGACAACUACCCGCACAGGCUCAAUUCUUCCUUCAAAAUCAGGGGCUGUUGCAGAGCGGUGGCUACCCCCCGAGACCAAGUCAUCCGCGCUCACAGUCCAUGCAGGUACAACAGGCGGUUGCACAAGCGACGCAACAGCUGCAGGCACUGCAAAAGCAACAGGCUCUUCAGGGUGGUGGUGCGCUGGUCGGUAGGAGUUUAGCUCAACAACGUUCGCCACCACCUCCUGGAACACCACCAGCCGUCAAACAACCACCAGCAAGAUUGGAACCUUCGCCUGAAGAAACGACCGAUCUAGAGGAACUCGAACAAUUUGCAAAAACAUUCAAGCAACGGCGAAUUAAGUUGGGAUUCACUCAAGGUGAUGUGGGCCUUGCAAUGGGUAAACUUUACGGCAACGACUUCUCCCAAACGACAAUCUCGAGGUUCGAGGCCUUAAAUCUUUCGUUUAAAAAUAUGUGCAAACUGAAACCUCUUCUUCAAAAGUGGUUAGAGGACGCGGACAAUUCACUGAAUAAUCCAAAUUCGUUAACGAAUCCAAUGACGACUCCGGAGGCUAUUGGAAGACGGCGGAAAAAGAGGACUUCCAUAGAGACUAGUGUUCGGCUAGCUUUGGAGAAGGCCUUUUGUCAGAAUCCAAAACCAACUUCGGAGGAAAUCACCCUUUUGGCUGAUAGUCUAGCAAUGGAGAAGGAGGUUGUUCGGGUCUGGUUCUGCAACAGGCGACAGAAGGAGAAGAGAAUCAAUCCACCAUCGACGAUGGGAAGUCCAACGAUGACAUCACCAUCGCCCUCGGUUUUUGCCUCACUAGCAGGUAGCAUAUCAGGAAGUCCCUUAGCUUUGACGACACAUUCUGCGGGAAUAGUAUCACAUCCCCAUCAAACACCCCUUGGUUCGCCUCUUCCCUUAGCUUUAGUGGCUUCUUCAGGUGGAGGCUAUCAUCCCCUAACCGGAAAAUCUCACGAGUGACACAAGUCUGCGACCCAACAAGGGGACGCACUUUUUCAUCACCACCACCAUCAACAUCAUCCUCAACUUCAGAAUCCUCAACGACGAUUGUGCAAUCUCCCAGAGUUUUACCACUAAUCGUCAUUAUAUUCCAAAAACAAUACUGAAAAAGUGGAUACAAAGUGAAUCUUUAUUCUUGUCACUGAUAGAAAAAAAUAGGUAUACGAAUCGAGAGUGAGAAAUGAAGUAAGUACCAAAAAAAAAACAUCGUCAAAUUGACUGGUCAUCAAAUUGUGGAACUUAGUUGUGAGAAUUUUUGAAUUUUCGAAAUGUGUUGUGUUUUUAUCAGAUCUCAGCAAGAUGUGACAAUGUAAAUAUUUAAGUUUCUUGGUUUUGUAAAAUGCCACGUCUGUCGAUGGGAGAAAAACCAAAUCCCAUAAGAUGAAGUGUUUUACAAGGAAUAAAAGACAAACCUCGGCAACGACGUUACGCUUCUUAAUCCUCGUUCCCUGGUUUGUCAAAUGACCAGUUUUUAUAGAAUCGUUUAUAAAGACUAUAUUAAAACUGCCGAGACAAAAUGAAAAAUGCUAAUACAGGAGUGAUUCCUUUUUUUCAUCUUAAGGUAUUACAAUCAAAAUUACCUAUAUCAGUAUUACCCACUAUUCCCACAAUUCUAGCAAAAUUUAAUUAUUAUUAUUAAGAUUGUAUACACUAAACCGAAGAUUGCAAAAUUCUUUCCCGAACGCAUUAACUCUAAAAUUCCAAUUUUAGAUAUUGAUAAAUUUUUCUUUUCUAAAAAAAAAUGUUAAUGCAAUCAGAAAGAACUUUUGCAAGCACACAAUCGAAAAAUUCAUUUUAACUCACAAUUUGUUUCAUCUUCUGGAUUUUUAGACCAGAAUGUUGGACUGGGUUGUGUAUUUUAAGAGAGGCUAGCAACGAAACCUUUUUCGACACGACUGUGUAAAUAAAUUUAGUACAUCCCUUACAAAAAAAAAACCUUACAUAUCUCUGUGUCAUAAGUUUGUAAAUAUUUCCUCCGCUACAACGGAAAAGUGUUUCCAAAAAAAAUUAAAAUGUGAUCACUACGUACGAAGCAUGUCACAAUUUUAAUGCUUUUCAUUCGAUAACAUUCCUAAUUUUCUACCUCAUCAAUAAAAUUAAUAAAAUCAAUAAAAUAAAAAUUUAAAUCAUACUUGAUGAUUUGGAACAACAUUUUAAAACUCUAUUUUUCUUUAAAUCGAUUUAGAAAAAUUUUUUAACAAAACAUUUUUUAAAUUCUCCCUGAAUGAAAAUCAUUCCUGGAUGUGAAUAAUUUCCAAGAAAUAUUAAAGCAUCUAGUUCAAAAAAAAGAAGGCUAUGAUCAUGCGGAGUACAUUUAGCGGAUAUAAAUGUAUUUAUAAAUAUCUAUACAUAGCGAAAUAUAUCAUAUAGUGUGAUAAGUACGCGAAUCGUCUGUACGUAUAAAUAAAAAAAAUGCAUAUAUAUAUUAUAUAUAAAUACACAGAAGUGAGGAAAAUGUAAAUAUUAGAAAAAAAAGAUAGUGAAUCGACUUGUUCGUCGACUGACUCAACAUUGUUGGAUAACGAUGUUUUUUUUUAUCAAAUGAUGAUGAUUAUCAUUGUCACGAUAAAGAAUUGUAAAUUUUUUGUGAAAAUUUUCUAACAUAUAUAAAUUAUAUAUAAAUAUAUAAAUAUAUGACGCGUGUACAAUUUUAAUGUCGGUCUAUUGUUGCAUUGGGACGAUAAUUUCAGCAACGAAUUCCAUAUAUAAUAGACGUGGACCAAAUUAUUAGUAAAACGCAUAUUUAAUGAAAUGAAAAAUGUUCCUAAAAAGAAGGUGCACUUUGGGUGCAAAUUGUACUCAUUUUGAAAAAAAAAAGAAUUCAAAAUGUGUAUAUUUAAAAAAAAGAGAGAGGGACGAAUUAUAAUUAUUAACGCGGCGUUAACUAAUAAUUUUAUUUAAUUUUUUGCUAAGAAAAAAAAUUGUCAAUUUUAUAUUCGAAAUUCAUGUACAAAUAGAAAAGAAAAAUUAAGAAACAAAAUUGACAUUAAUUUUUCGCUAUUACGCUUUGUUGAUAAUAUCGUGAUCUGUAUAGAUAUAAAUAAAUAAAAUCCGAGAGUCACGUCCCUCUCUUUUAUUAAAAUAAAACACGCGGCGUUCAUUAGACACAUUAUUAUAGCAAUUAUUAUAUUAUUAAUAAUAUUAUUUCACUAUAUUUUAAUUUUUAUUAUUUGAAAAAUAAAAUACGGAGAUUUCA